CCCUGCCUUAGUCCAGUUAUUUUACUCUACCUCUGUGCUCUGUUCACUUUCCUUGCUUUGGCUCAGACGAAGAAAGCACUCACUCACCCAACCAGCUUGCCCACCAUGUGUCAUGUGAUCGUGACGUGUCGCUCCAUGCUGUGGACUCUGUUGAGCAUCGUGGCGGCAUUUAGCGAGCUCAUUGCUUUCAUGAGCACCGACUGGCUAAUCGGGUACCCGAGAACCCCCGAUGCCGUUUUUGGCCCCCAUGGGGCCACAGCAGCUGGGGAAGCAUAUCGCCCCACCCUGGGCAUCUACGGACGCUGUAUCAAACUUCCACACUUGAGGAAAGGGAUUUUAUGUGGCCCAUACGCUGUCCACUUUGGAGAGAUUGCCAGCGGCUUCUGGCAGGCAACCUCUAUUUUCCUAGCGGCAGGAAUUCUGCUCCUGUGUGCCGUAGCCUUCAUCUCCGUCUUCACCAUGUGCUUCCAGAGUAUCAUGAAGAAGAGCAUCUUUAAUGUGUGUGGACUGCUACAGGCCAUUGCCGGUUUGUUUUUGAUCCUGGGUCUGAUGCUGUACCCUGCGGGAUGGGGUUCUGAUAAGGUCCAGCUGUACUGUGGUGCCGAUGCAUCUCCCUAUAAGCUGGGUCUGUGUUCUGUGGGCUGGGCGUUCUACACUGCACUGGGCGGAACUGUUCUCACCUUCAUCUGCGCUGUGUUCUCUGCCCAGGCUGAAAUUGCCACCUCCAGUGACAAAGUCCAGGAAGAAAUUGAAGAGGGCAAGAGCCUCAUUUGCCUCCUCUAA